AUGGAGGAACUCAUGGCCAAGAUCGAGAAAUAUGCGAGAGCUGAAAAAGACACACUAGGGACAAAGGCAUUGAAACAGGAGAAGAGAAACGGCUCAUCGAAGCAAGGUCGGGGAAAUACUGGAUAUAACAGACAAGAAACAGGACUAAGGGCAGCACAGACAGUCACCACAGUGUUCCGGAUCCCGGUUUACAAAGUCUUGGAAAGGAUCAGGAAUCAGCCUUACUACAGUAUCCCUAGCAAAUUUAUGGGAAAAAGCCUUGAGAAGCACUAUGCCUACCAUAAUGAGGAUGGGUAUCUGACUCAGGGGAUUGUGGCAUUGACUGAGCACCCCUUGAAGUUCCUGCUACAACAAGGUGAUCUAACAGGCAAGGUGGCCAAAUGGGCAAUGGUAUUGGGCCAAUACAAUUUAGAGUUUAAACCCAAAACAACAAUCAAAGGCAAGGUUCUGACCAACUUCGUGGCCGAGUUCACACCAGGUGUCAUCCCAAGUCGGGCUCCGGUGAGCCGUGGCUUAGGAUGUCCAGGGGAACAAGAAGAGACUCAACUGGGAAUGAAAAAUCCCACAGCAAAUCAGAAAAAAGAAGAAAAACUCAAACCCUGCGAUAUCUACGUCGGCGGCUCCUUCUGCCUGUUUGUUGAUGAGAGUUCAAACCGUUAG